AUGCAUGGACGGGAACUCAAAUUGAAGAGACUGGAAGAGAUUGAGUCGAAGCGCAAGCGAACAUUCGAGGAGACUGUUGAGGAGCUCCGAUCAGCACAGUCCAAAGCCUCUGCUACUCCGGCUCCGGCGGAAGGUGAGGAGGCUGUGCUGAGCAAGAGAGAACAGUUCAGACUGAAAAUUGUAUCCCCUUCGGUGCGGGAACUUGUGGAAGCUGCUCAUGAACGGGCGAGGUUACCGAGAAGUCAUAGAAAGCUAGUCCAUGACUAUGGACGUAGUGACAAGCGGGUGCGUGCUUCGACACCCCAGCUGGGGGUUCGCGUUAGGCUUCUCUGA